UUUUUAAAUUAAAAAGUCCACUAAUGGGAUCCAACAAAUACUUUAAAAACCCUUUUCCAGAUUAUUCACCCGAAAUUGCUACUAAAUUUAUACUCGAUAAAAGGCUAAAACCAAACAUUAGUAUAGUAACCUUACUGCCGGAAAAAUGGCAAAUUACAAUGGAAACUCUAGAAAAAGCAGACAGGAAAGAUGUUACAAUGUAUACUGGUACAGGUGGCAUAGCUUUAUUGAAAUAUCUAAAGGAUCCAAAUAAUCCAGAAGUUUUACAAGAAAUUUUACAUUUACUAAACCUAAAGUCAUUGAGAAACAAAAGACAAACAUUUUUAUGUGGCGAUGGUGGUCCCUUAGCCCUUGGUAUUAUUGUAAACAAGAAGUUGGGGAAUGAAAAAGAAGCACAAAGUCUUAUAGAGCAGUUAAAAAAUAUGAAAGAUGCAGCUUUAGAUAUUAGCUCGGAUUUUCCAAGUGAGUACAUGUAUGGUAGAUCUGGUUAUUUAUAUGCUUUGCUGUUUGUUAACAAAAAUGUAAACCCACCUCCUUUUGAAGGAGGUCUGAUAAGAAGUAUUGUGGAAGCAAUUUUAAAGAUUGGUCAAAUAAAAGCAAAGUCUGAGGGAUUUAAUUGUCCUUUGAUGUAUGAAUGGCACAACAGUUAUUAUUUAGGGGCUGCACAUGGUGUGUCUGGUAUUUUAUUUUUGCUGCUGAAUUGUACAGAAUAUUUAUUGGAAUUGGAAAUAAUGGGUUUAAUUAAACCAACAAUUGAUUAUUUGGCAACUUUAAGGUUUUCCAGUGGUAAUUUUCCAUCUUCCUAUAAAAGUGAGAAUGAUAAAUAUGUGCAAUGGUGCCAUGGAGCACCAGGAUUUUUGUAUAUGUUUACUAAAGCUUAUAAGGUUUUUAAUAAUCCUGCUUAUUUGGAAUUAGCCAUAUUAUGUGGUGAUGUUAUUUGGAAGCGCGGACUUUUACGGAAAGGUUACAGUUUAUGUCAUGGGGUUUCUGGAAAUGGGUACUGUUUUCUCGAACUUUACAAAAUAACACAGGAUGAAAAACAUCUAUACAGGGCGAUACGUUUUGCGGAAUGGUGUCUAGAUUAUAAUGAGGCUCAUGAAGAAACACCUCCAGAUAGACCACUGUCACUCUUUGAAGGCAUAGCAGGUCCCAUGUAUUUUCUUUUAGACAUACAACGGCCAAUGGAUGCCAAAUUUCCAGGAUUUUCUCUUUAGGUUGUAUAAAAAAAUUAAAAUGUGAUUUUUGAAAUUUUAUUUUAAACUUGUAAUAUUAUUAUAAACAAUUUAAAAAUUCAUGCGUAG